CGCGACCCUCGAGGCGAACACAAUUACGGUGUCGUCAAUGAGUUGGCGAACGACCAAAAUAUAUCUCAUUAUUCUAUUGAUUGGUUUAAUCCGUUACCAAAUGAAGAGCUCUGUGUUCACAUCGGAGGUGACCAGAAAUGGUUCAGUACUUACGAGGAACUGCAGCAAAGGUGGCCAAUAGAUAAGACCAAACACAUGGCCUCUCCGGUCGCCUUCUCCACCAACGAUCAGUUUCAUGACGCCAUCGGAAGUAUUGUUGAAUAUUUAUUUCUGGGUUCGCAUGGAUUUGCAAUAUUUGUCGAGAGGUCAGCCCCUCUGAUGGUCAGACGGGAUAAUAAUUCGGGAAACCCUUUGCUCUGCUUUUCUGGCGAUUACGACAAGUUUCCAUAUAAUCAUGCGUUGGAUAAAAAGCAAAUUAAAAUUGUGAUCCAUUUAAUGGCUUCAAACGAUAUAAUGUCUGUCUAUAGAUAUGCGGCCAAUAAAUGGAUUCCAAAACCAAAUGGCAUUCCAGACGAACGGAUGAUUACACAUCCCAUUUGGUCAACGUGGGCUAAAUAUCACGCCGAUAUAUCCCAACAAAAAGUCAUUGCUUUUGCUGAAGAGAUCAAAUCUCAUGGCUUUUCAAACAGUCAAAUAGAAAUCGAUGACAAAUGGGAAGCAAAGUAUGGAGACUUUUCUUUUGAUUUAAAAAAGUUUCCAAAUCCUCGCGAAAUGGUU